GUUUACGUUUAGAAGCGUUUUUAAAAGAACCUCAGGAGAUCCUCCAAAAUGCCCGGAAUGCUCUGAAAAAAUAGUAAAUAAUUAACUAUUUCAGACAUUUUGUGAGAAAUAAAGAGCAGAAGCAGAGAGAGCAGUAUGUAUUGAGAUGACCUGUCUUUUCUGGUUGUGUUCACUAUGGAUCCCAUCAUGAGCAUAAUGCGGCAUGUUCUACCAUUUUGUUUCCUUCACGUGAAACCUGGAACUGAUUGCAUUGGUGUACCGGGUCCAUUUGAAUAUACGGAAAACGCUUUGCAUGCAUUUUUGAUGAAGAAAAAAGGCUCUGGACAGCAUCUGGAUAUGGACCUGAAAAAAAAACGC